UCCUUUUCGCCUAAGAACACUCAAAUUCUCUAUUGUCUCUUCCCUUUCCUUCUUUUCUUUGCUUAAUUUGUCUCUUCUAGUCUUGAUCAUGGCUGUUCUCUCGGCUCCCCUUGGUCCUCCCGUUUGUGCUCAAGACUCAAAGGCACUUCAGUUCAUUGAAGAGAUGACAACAAAUUGUCACUCCGUUCAGGAGAGAGUUUUGGGCGAGAUACUCAGUCGAAACGCUGACACCGAGUACCUACGCCAAUUUCUACUUGAAGGUGCAACAGACCGAGACACCUUCAAGUCAAGAGUUCCUGUUGUUACUUAUGAGGAUCUUCAGCCUGUGAUCCAACGUAUUGCUAAUGGUGACCGAUCUCCUAUACUGUCUUCCCAUCCUAUUUCUGAGUUCCUCACUAGUUCUGGGACAUCGGCGGGCGAAAGAAAACUGAUGCCAACCAUUCAUGAAGAGUUGGAUCGUCGCCAGAAAUUAUACAGUCUUCUCAUGCCGGUUAUGAACCUUUACGUGCCGGGUCUGGACAGAGGGAAGGGCUUGUACUUUCUGUUCAUUAAGGCAGAAACAAGGACCCCAAGUGGGCUCGUGGCACGUCCGGUGCUCACAAGCUACUACAAGAGUGACCACUUCAAGACCAGGCCAUAUGACCCUUUCAAUGUCUACACCAGUCCCAACGAGGCCAUUCUUUGCCCUGACUCUUUCCAGAGCAUGUUCACCCAGAUGCUCUGUGGUCUUAUCAUGCGCGAAGAAGUUCUUCGAGUCGGUGCAGUGUUCGCUUCUGGCCUUCUCAGGGCCAUUAGAUUCCUUCAACUGAAUUGGAAGGAACUUGUCCUCGACAUCUCUACAGGAACCUUAAACCCUAAGGUGACAGAUCCUUCAAUCAGAGACCGUAUGGGAAAAAUCUUAGAACCAAAUCCAGAACUCGCUGAAUUUAUCACCAAAGAGUGCUCAAAGGAGAACUGGGAACGCAUCAUUACCAGAAUUUGGCCCAACACCAAGUAUCUCGACGUGAUUGUCACAGGAGCUAUGGCUCAGUACAUUCCCACGCUUGAAUAUUAUAGUGGUGGUUUGCCAAUGGCUUGCACUAUGUAUGCUUCAUCUGAGUGCUACUUUGGGUUAAACCUUAACCCAAUGUGCAAACCCUCUGAGGUUUCCUACACUAUCAUGCCAAACAUGGCCUACUUCGAGUUCAUGCCACGCGAACCUGACUCUCCAGCUCCUUCUCGCGACGCACCUCCUCGCCUUGUUGAUCUUGCGGAAGUUCAAGUUGGUGAAGAAUAUGAGCUCGUGAUCACAACCUAUGCAGGCUUGUGCCGUUACCGUGUUGGUGACAUUCUCAAAGUGACAGGUUUUUAUAACUCUGCUCCACAAUUUCGUUUCAUAAGGAGAAAGAACGUGCUGUUGAGCAUUGAUUCGGACAAAACCGACGAGGCUGAGUUACAAAACGCCAUAGAUAAUGCUUCCUUACUUCUGAAGGAGUUCAAUACUGGCGUUGUUGAGUACACAAGUUUUGCUGACACAACCACAAUCCCCGGUCACUAUGUGAUUUACUGGGAGUUACUCGUUAAGGAUCCAGCUAAUUCACCAAGUGAUGAGGUAUUGAACAAAUGCUGCGUAGCAAUGGAAGAGAAGUUGAACUCCGUAUAUCGACAAGGGCGCGUCGCGGACCACUCGAUUGGACCGCUUGAAAUAAGGAUAGUGAAGAAUGGGACAUUUGAGGAGUUGAUGGACUACGCAAUUUCAAGGGGUGCAUCAAUUAACCAGUACAAGGUGCCAAGGUGUGUUAGUUUCACUCCCAUCAUGGAACUGCUUGACUCGAGAGUAGUCUCGGUGCAUUUCAGCCCGAGUGAGCCUCACUGGACCCCAGAGCGACGUCAUAAUUAAUUGCA